AUGCUUGCGGAAUUGGUCAUUAGAAACAAUCUUCAACCUGAUUUGGCUGUUGCAAGUAGUACCAUUGAUCUUUAUGCAAGCCGUGGAAAGGGAUUAUUCAGUUUAAUUUGUUAUAUGAACCAAAUUGCUUUUUUGCUUGAGCUCAUGUAUUUUGGUGUUAGUAGAAACAGAGAUGUAGUUCAUUUGCAUGAUUCCUUCUUUCAAAAUAUUGUAGAUGACUAUACAAAAAAAGUGUUCGGAAUGGGAGAAUCAAGUGCUAGUGGAAUUGAAAUUUCUGCCAGUACAGAAAAUACUCCUAAGCCACUACUCGGAAUGAAAUUUAAUACUUAUGAAGAAGCUUAUAACUAUUAUAACCAUUACGCAUUGUUGAUGGGUUUUGGAAUAAGGAAGAGCACGGUAAAUUACUCGAAGAAGACAAGAGACGUGCUGGAUAGAAAGUUUGUUUGUGAUAAGGAGGGCUAUAGAUCUAAUAGAGACAAGAUGGAGAUGCCUUUUCGGCGAGAGACCCGAGUGGGAUGUAAGGCAAUGAUGAGAGUUAAAGUAUUAGAGGACAAAUCAUGGGAAGUCACGGGGUUUGUUGAAGAACAUACAAAUCAUGUGUUGAGUAGUCCAGACAAAGUAAAGAUGCACAGAUCACACCAACAAUUCCAUAAAUCUCAAAGUUGUAAAAGACUUAUUGAGAGUCUGCAAGAAGAAGGUAUGCCUCCAUCCACUAUUUCUCGCGUCAUUAACGCAACCACUGGAAGAGAAGGCGAAUUAGUGACACCACAACAGUGUAUUGAUCACAUCAGAUACCAGAGAGUCAACAAUAUUGGCCAUGAAUGCAUAUCUAUCAUAAAACAUUUUCAGAGUUUGACAGCGAAUGAUCCAGAAUUCUAUUUUGCAAUAGAAGUGGACAGUAGUGGACAAAUGAGGAGUGUUUUCUGGGCUGACGGAAGAUCAAGAGCGUCUUAUUUGCAAUUCAGUGAUGUUGUUGUGUUUGAUGUGACAUACAGAACUAAUAAGUUCAGUCUUCCAUUUGCUCCAUUUACUGGUGUGAAUCAUCAUAGACAGUCCACUUUACUUGGUUGUGCAUUAUUAGCUGAUAAACAAGAAGAUACCUUUGUCUGGUUAUUUCAAGAAUGGCUGAAAUACAUGCAUAGGGUUGAACCAUGUGCUAUUAUAACAGAUCAGGAUAGAGCAACAUUGGGUGUCAUGUUAUUUGAAGGACACUUUUUUUGCUGGAAUGAGAUCGAGCCAAAGAAGUGA